ACUUGAAUGAAAGCUUUCAAUCCCGCGUUUAAACGUCAGCUUCCAAGAAAUUAUCGCAAUUAAGAGUUAGCUCAUCCAACUUUCUUCUCUCUUAAGUAAUCCUUUGAAAUUUCCAUCUACUUUCGGUUUUGAUCCCACUCUUCACAGUUCCACUGCAAACUGAAUUUGUUGUUGUUAUUCCGAUUAGAUUUUGGUAUUCAUCUUACCUUUUAACUGACUAUAUAUGGGGCAGAGGCAAUCAAAAGAUGAAUUACUAUACCAGCAAGCAAAUUCUGGAAAUAUUGAAGGCGUCAAAGCGCUCCACAGAGAUGGUGCCGGCCUUGAGUGGGUUGAUAAAGAGGGGAAGACUCCACUCAUUGCAGCUUGUAUGAAUCCACAGCUUUUUAAUGUAGCCAAAACAUUAAUUGAGUUGGGUGCUAAUGUGAAUGCCUACCAUCCAGGUCCACAUAAUGGAACACCCCUGCAUCAUGCUGCAAAAAGAGGCCUCGAGCAGACUGUGAAGUUACUUCUUUCACAUGGAGCUAAUGCACUGCAAAUGAAUGAUUAUGGCCAAACCCCUCUUGAUCUUGCUAGAGCCAAGGGGCAUGCUAGUGUUGUCAGAGCAAUAGAGGGGCAUGUGUGCUUAUUCUCUGGUUUUCUGCGGGAACUUUAUGGACCUGGCUUUCUGGAACAUCUGGCUCCACAGUUGCUUUCAAGAAAAAUAUGGGUGGUUAUUUUGCCUAUUGGUUCCCGCAAACUGUACAAACCUUUCAAGUUGGAGCUCGUGAUAUACUCUGGUGUACAGGAAGGCCAACCACGUACAAUUAUUCCACUCUGGAAGGCCAAUUUAGAGGAACCUAAUUUUAACCAGCCUGAUCCUGUGGCUGUAUUAUCUAAUAUUUCAAGAAUCCGGAAACACUGGAGGAGAAAGCGAUCUAUUAAGGCCUGCCAAAUGCCGAUAUAUUCUCGUUUCAAACUUGCACCUUUACAUGAUAGUGAGAAACAGCAGCUGCAGCGCUUUUGUAAUGCUUGCAAAGGAAUUCCUCAGGUGAGGCAUCCGUUUGUUCCUUUCAACAACCAAGUCCCUUCUGCUCCUACUGUUUCGAUACCAACUUUUGAAGACGAAGAAUUAGCUAGGGCAAUAAAUGCCUCCCUUGAGUCUUCCCCACAUAAAAUCCCACCAAACAUGGAUAUGUAUGUUGGAUCUGUUACACACCCGUCCGCAAGUCCAGCCAACAUUGUAAACAAUUCCAAUCACGCAAAGAGUUAUGCUAGUGAGGCUUCUGCUAGCCACACGGCAUAUAGAAACAAAUUUGGAGUUCAGGAAGCUGAUCCAUCUGGCAAUCCUGCAACUCUGAAUACUUAUCCUGUCACUAGUCCAACAGCUCCCGUUGCACAUCCAGCAGCUACAGAUGAUGGUCCAAUAUGGUAUCCAUCAAAUGACAUGAGCCCUGUCCACGCAUCUUCUCCCUCUGAGGCAUCCACCUCCCCAAGCAGUCAAGAAAAUGGCGAAGAUGCUUCACAUUCAUCUUGUACAAUAUGCCUGGAUGCUCCGGUAGAGGGAGCUUGCAUUCCAUGUGGACACAUGGCAGGAUGCAUGAUGUGUUUGAAUGAGAUUAAGGGCAAGAACUGGGGUUGCCCUGUUUGCCGCACCAAUAUUGAGCAGGUGGUACGAAUAUACGCUGUCUAGUGCUACUACUAAAGAAGCCCGUGCUGAAAAUGUGGUUCCCUUUUCCUGCAUAAAGAGAUGGUUUUUCCAUGAGGUGGAUAUUCAACCUCUUCAUAAGCAUAUGGUUUGUAAAAUAUUCCUUUUCAAAGCUGUUUAAUAUUCAUGUGAUGAUACUCACUUUAACCUUAAGUAUGUAUAAUAUUUUAAUAUUUUUGCCUACA